CGUGCGUCCUGUCCACUUCAUAUCAUCUCCACUCUCCUUUCUCAUGCAGCUUUAAAGCCAAACAUUCCUGCCUUGUAGGGGGGAAAAAACACAUGAAAACAAACAUGGCGAGGGGAAACCUCGUCCAAAAGCGCAGAAAACCUCUGCGGUUUAUGAAAAUUUACAACUUUCCCGUGGAAGUUUACGACUCGUCCGGCUCUGGGAUUGGCUCGUGGCGGUCAUGUGGCCAGCAGGAAUGGGAACUUAUUCCCCAUGAGGUUAUAACGCAGCUGCUGUUUUUUGCACCGCUCACUCACCUAUAACAGUUUGUUUCACAUCCCCAACCUUCUUUUUCUUUAUUCUUUUCUUUUUUUGCUGCUGUUGUUGAAAUGUUUGUUUUCCCCGAGUCUUCCGUGAGCUGAAACACGCGUGUAGGUGAAGCUGUUAUUGUUGCUCGCUGUGUGAUUUUUUUUUUCUUUUUUUUUUUUUUUUGGGAGGGAUGAUGGCGCCUCUUGCUCGACUCACUGUGCCAUGUUCAUCCAGCUGCACCUCUGUGGCGUUUUUGGAAAUGAGGGAUCAGCGCACUUCUGGAUGGAGGGAUUACUUUCAAGUUGUCACUUAGGCAAAGUGGAGAUUUUUUUUUUUUGUUUUUCUUCUCGUGUGUGGGGGAAGCGAGAGGAGCUCCAGCGGAGUGGCAGCCACGCUGGUGAUGAUGGAUUAUCAACAAAGGACUCUCUCCUGGGUCAGAUACCGCUCUACUCCUCGGGAUACACGGACCCGUUGAGGCACUACUCCAACGCGGCCACGUAUGGAGCGGCCAACAUGCAGGAGAAGGUCUACCCGGCUUCCUACUACCAGCAGUCGGGCGCGGCGGCGGCGGCGGCCAUCUACGGCCGCGCUGCCGCCGGCGGCGGAGCGCCGUGCGACUACAACCCCGUGGGCACGUUCUACAAAGACGCGGAGGGCUCGUGCGCCUUCUCGAGCGGCCGCGAGGAGCAGCCGCUGUUCGUCACUCAGGAGCACCAGCAGCGCAAGGCGGAGUGCGCGGAGCAAGCUGUCAGCAUGAGCGGCAGCAUCGAGGACAAGUCCUCCACUCUCAUCUACCCCUGGAUGCAGAGGAUGAACGCCUGCUCCGCCGGCCCGUUUGGGAGCAGCGGCCGCAGGGGCCGGCAGACCUACACCCGCUACCAGACCCUGGAGCUGGAGAAGGAGUUCCACUUCAACCGCUACCUGACCCGCAGGCGCCGGAUAGAAAUCUCCCACGCCCUGUGCCUGACGGAGAGACAAAUCAAAAUCUGGUUCCAGAACCGCAGGAUGAAGUGGAAAAAGGAGAAUAAACUCCUGAAUCCCUCAAAGACAGCCGAGGAGGAGGAACAGGAGCAGGCGGAGAAGAAGAGCUAAACUGCAAAGGGGACUUUGAGACAAAAAAAUAAAAAAAUAAAAAAAGGAAGAAGAAGAAGAAACGCUUGAAUGUGUGCGUGUGUGCGCGUGUGUAUACAGAAGACGAUGUAUAAAUUCUUUGUAGAUAUAAGAAGUGCUGCAGAAACCCCACGUUAGAGACGUGUAGAGUGACUUUGAGUAUUUGCACGGUGACUCUGUCCGCAUUUAUCAGGUCCUCCUCUGUUUGUUUGUCCUUGUGCUCGUGUCUUUAUUUUAGAGGACUAUGCAACAAACCGCCAAACUGUAAAUAAAACCCAGUGUUUAUAGUUCUCCGUGUUGUUACCUCAUCACUAUUGGCCCGCUGGGCGCCACCUUUAUUUAAUCUCAGUGCCAAUAAAGCAGGUUUUUUUUUUUUUUGUUUCUUUGUUUUUGUCCCUUGUCGUGUAGUUGCUCUGAUGUGACUGGUGAUAUAGUCUUUAGGCUUGUUGCUUACCGAUGAGUUCAAUUUGUACAAAUGUUAUUUAUUGUUGUCUCACGUGUUCAAUGCACAUCUGGAUAUUGUGUGCAAUAUUUUCUUUAGGGGAAUUGUACAUAUAAGA